AGACAACAGGAAAACACGAGUACUAUCUUUCUCCUGCGCAGCAGAGUACUUUCGUUUUGCAUCGUUCCAAAUAUUGGACCUGAUUAAUACCUUACCUUGAUUAUCUACAAAGGUACUCCGAUAAUCCAUCCCUUUUAGGGUGAUCGGCGCCUUGUUGCAGUCUGACUCACCGCCUCCUUUGCUACAUGCUCAUUGGCCGCACCGCCAUCGCCGGAAGCAGUAGGUCUGCCUGAGUCACCGCGUGUCAUCACUAGUCUUUGAGCUCAUAAGCACAUCAACGUCCGGGGAUUGCGCAAUGGGGUCCUCUUCUUCCCCCACAACGUUCCUCGCUACUACUUCUACUUCUUCUACCCUCUCCCCCUCCGAUCAAACUUCCUCCCCCAGCGCCUACUUUACUUCUCUUGCCCGGAGGCGUCAACAGAAGAAAAUGAGCAUCACUCAAACAUACUAUCUCGCCCACACCGCUCGGAAGAAGCUGACCCGCGAAGCUUCCCGGGCGGACCAUGAUCUCCGCCUCCUGGUUGGUCAUGCCAACCUACUCGAUUCCUUGAUGCUCGAUCUCGCCGAUGCCGAGCAAGAGCAAGAACGCUGGUUCAACCAGACCGUCCACGGCGUCACCAAGGGCUCCCAAUCCGAGCCUCGCCAUAUCCAAUGGGCGGAAACCGUGGUGGAAGAUCCCGAAGAUGACUGGGAUGCGGAGGAUGUUUCCGACUCCGACCUCAGCGACGACUCCGACUUGGAGGAAGAUGACUAUGAACCCGCCUACACUCCUGUCCGCCGCCGUGCUCCAUCACCGGUGGCUAUUGUCCGCGAGAAAGAGGUGGAAGAAGACUACGAUUCCGAUUCUGACUCAGACUUCGAAUACGACGAUGCGGAGGACCUGGAAGAGCUUACUUUGACCCGCUCGCCGUCCCGGCAGAGUCCCCCGGAGCUGUCUUCUGAUUCCGACGAAGAGUCCGAGGAAGAAUCGAUGCCCCCGUCACCGCCGCAACCGACACUGAACACCUUCUCCGAGAAGGAAGCCCAAGCUACCGAGCUUCCUCUGUCGGGAAGUGGAUUUGAGGACCGGUAUUACGUUUCGAAUGAACAGCAAAAUGCGAUCAUUGAGGCCUACUAAAUUCUCUCCUUGAUUGACGACUGCUUCGUUUGUACAUACCCUCUUAUGAUACCCCUCCGACAUUCUUGGGCUCGUUUUGGUUUGGUCUCAGCGAUACAUUUCUUCAGCGGAUACGGCGUUUGGGCUGCAAGAAAAUUUUUUUCUUCUUGGCGAUAUUGCAUUUACUACUUUGCAUGGUCUGGACUUACUGGCGUUCAGACCUGACUGCCUAAGUGAUUGGGCAUUGUUGGAUACUCUCCUCUUAUAUGGGGCAUUUGUUUUACCGCCCCCACUGCUGGCCCUCUUUGAUAGUGUGGCUUGUGCAUACGUUUUGAAUGUUUCACGAUAACGAUGCGUUUACCUCUUACCUUCCAUAGAAAUAUUAUAUAGUCUUAGCAUCAGCAAUAUUAUAUAGAUAAUACUUCCUCACUCAUUA